UCCUUACUGAAGAGUGGAAAAUUGCUGUUUGUUAGCGGGACCUAUCUGCCAAGUCAUGGCGUCCGGCAGCACGGGCACCAGGGUGUCCUGCGGAAGAGAUUUAAAUUGUGUGCCGGAGGUCGCCGACACAUUGGCAGCGGUCGCCAAACUCGGGUUCGACUUCGUGUGCAUGCCCCUCUUCCACCCGAGGUUCAGGAGGGAGUUUGAGCUGGAACCCGCUAAAUCUCGACCCGGUGCCCAUACACGCUCCGACCUGCUGCUGUGUGGACGAGAUUGGAAUACUCUUGUCGUCGGGAAGCAGUCGCCAUGGAUCGACACGGAUUCGGAAAUCGAGACCGUACGCAGAAACUCCGAAGCAGCUCUGGCACAGGAGCUCCACUUCUCUGCUUACUUGGGUGUGCCGGUCUUCAUGAUCCCUCUGAACGGACCCCAUAAAGCCAACCUGGCACGUGUGCUGCUUAACCAUAUCCAGUCAGGACACCACACCACAAAUUUUUGGAUUCGAGUUCCACUUCUGGCUCCUGAAGACAUGCGGGAGGAUCUGAUCGAGAAUGAGCCCGUCAAGUGUGAUGAUGAAACAACUGUGGAUGAGAAGACUUGGAACUGGUGGCACUCCCUGAGAACACUCUGUGAUUACAACAAGAGGGUCUGUCUAGCCAUUGAAGUUGGAGCGGACAUGCCUUCAGAAACUGUGAUCGACAAAUGGCUCGGGGAGCCAAUCAAAGCAGCCGUUCUUCCCACCAGCAUCUUUUUGACCAAUAAGAAGGGCUUCCCGGUUUUGUCCAAAGCGCACCAGCGAAUAAUUGUCCGGCUUUUUAAGUUGGAGGCACAAUUCAUCUUUACAGGCACAAGUCGCCACACUGACAAGGACUUCCGUUCGUACCUGCAAUACCUGGAAUACAUCAGUCAGAACCGGCCCGCGCCCAAUUCCUACGAGCUCUUCGCCAAAGGUUAUGAAGACUACCUCCAGUCUCCCCUCCAGCCCCUAAUGGAUAACCUGGAGUCGCAGACAUACGAAGUGUUUGAGAAGGAUCCGAUUAAAUAUUCCCAGUACCAACAGGCUGUGUAUAAAUGCCUGCUUGAUCGAGUCCCAGAAGAACAGAAAGACACCAAUGUUCAAGUGCUGAUGGUGUUGGGGGCGGGCCGGGGUCCCCUGGUCAAUGCCUCGCUGCGUGCCGCCAAGCAGGCAGACAGAAAGCUGAAAGUGUACGCUGUGGAGAAGAAUCCCAACGCUGUCAUCACGCUAGAAAACUGGCGCUUUGAGGAGUGGGGCGACCAGGUGUCCGUGGUGUCGUCCGACAUGCGCGAUUGGGUCGCUCCGGAGAAGGCGGACAUCAUCGUCAGCGAGCUGCUGGGAUCCUUCGGUGACAACGAGCUGUCCCCCGAGUGCUUGGAUGGAGCGCAGCACUUUCUCAAAGAGGAUGGCGUGAGCAUCCCCUGCUCCUACACCUCCUUCCUGGCCCCCCUGUCCUCCUCCAAGCUGUACAACGAAGUCCGAGGCUGCCGGGAACGUGACAAGGAUCCGGAGUGCCACUUCGAAAUGCCCUACGUGGUGCGCCUCCACAACUUCCACCAGCUGGCAGAACCCCAACCCUGCUUCACCUUCACACACCCCACAAAAGAUAUGAACAACAAUCGUUACCAGUGCCUGAAGUUCCCGGUGGCUUGCAACACCGUCCUCCACGGCUUCGCCGGCUACUUUGAGACCACGCUCUACAAAGAUGUCACACUCAGUAAGUCUGCUUCAAAAGGACCACGGUGCAGUUUCACCAUUCUUUAUUUUUAUACUGUGUUUGUGUUCUCUCUAGGCAUCAAACCUGACACACAUUCACCCGGAAUGUUCUCCUGGUUCCCCAUUCUUUUCCCCCUCAAGCAACCCAUCUCCGUGUCUCGUGACGACGACAUCACGGUGCGAUUCUGGCGCUGCAACAACGGGAAGAAGGUGUGGUACGAGUGGGCGGUGACUCAGCCCACCUGCUCCGCCAUCCACAACCCCGCCGGACGCUCCUACACCAUCGGCCUGUGACCCCCCCCCCCCCCCCCCCCCCCCCUUUAGUAGCUCUAUAUACUGUAUGCAGCACCACAAGGUAUGUCUGCUUGAAGACAUUCCACAGGACUGUGGAUGAGAGUUAUGUCCACCAGUGCGAUACAGGACUCACAUUUUCUAUCCAUGUCAAUAAAUACUGUAAUGUUGUA